AACACUGUAUAAAAGAUUGAACACCAUUAUUUGGCGGUAUUUCCGAAGUUACGUAAACUCUUUACAGUCCAUGCUGUCUACAUAACAUGUAGUCCACGCCUGAAGUAUCUAUUCCCCUUUUAUUUUGAAGGCCGAGUCCCUACACUGCGACCAUUUCCUGUCCAUUUAACAGAAAUGAAUUUUAAAGUACGAACUGCGACGAAAGAAGAUUGCAAAGAAAUAUCGAGAAUGAUAAUGGAGUUGGCGGUGUAUGAAAAUAUGCCUGACCAGGUGAAAAUAUCUCAUGAAGAACUGGAGCGUGAUGGUUUCUGCCAGAAUCCCUUCUUUGAAUGUCUUGUUGCAGAAGUUUCUGAGGAGCAUAAAUCUAAAGAAGGAUUCACAUUGGUCGGAUACACUCUUUACUUUUACACCUACAGCACAUGGAAGGGGCGGUCAGUGUAUUUGGAGGAUCUGUACGUGAUGCCAGACUUCAGAGGAAAUGGCAUCGGCAAAGGCUUACUAAGCAAAGUGGCAGAGGUAGGGAAAAACAAGCAGUGUGUGCGCCUGCAGCUGUCCGUGUUAGACUGGAACACUCCCUCUCGGGACUUCUACACUGCUAAAGGAGCUCAGGACCUCACUGACAGUGAAGGAUGGCACUUCAUACGCUUUGAUAACCAAAGCCUGGACGAUUUAGCAAAUGGAGCACCUAAAGACUGAAAGCUUCCAAGAAAAUCUUACAAAAUAAGGGACUGGUUCCUUUGGUACUUGGUUCGGCCAGUAACCCCGAGUACCCUGUCUUUCUGUCAGUUAAAGAAAAUUAUGUAUUGGAA